CCCUCCCUCCGCCGCUCCCGGUCCCGCCCCGCUGCGAUGGCGGCGGUGCCGCUGUUCUCGGGGGCCAAUCUCGGCGGUUCCUUCUGGCAGCGGUUCGUGCUCUGGGCGGAUGCUCUGGACCCGCUGCUGCUCUUGGCUCCCGCCGAUGAAAUAAGAAGAACCAGAUUAUUAUUGCAGAACAGUGGAAAGACCCUAAGUGAGCCCAUACAGGAUGAUCAGAUGAGAAAAGCCUUCCUGCUAAGCCUGUCCAGUGUACAUCCUGACACAGACAAGAUAAUUCCUGUUUUGUUCAGACCUCCAGCCUUCCUGCCCAUCUGUCUUCCAUUGGUUAUUGUUUCAUCUCUUAAACUCCGGGCAAAGGCAACUUUCUUUUCUCAGUUUGUGUUUCACUCCUACACCACCGGAUUCAACCUGAUAAAUGGAAACGGUACCACAAAGGCUGAAGAGUAUUCCAUUCAAGAAAAGCAGAUCUUCUACAGCUUGGGAGCCAUUUCUUACGCAGCAUGUGUCGGUGCUCUUCCUCUUGUCUUCAUGAACCGAUACACGUUGAAGGGUCCAUUAACUGAACUGGUCGUCAGAAAACUGCUGCCUGCUCCUCUUCUUGGUCUGACGAGUGCAUUUACUGUGGCGGUGGUGAGAAGCCCUGAAUUUGAGCAUGGAAUUGAAGUGAUGGACAGGAACGGCAAGGUUGUAGGAGUGUCCCGGAAGGCCGGUGAGAAGGCCGUUAAAGAAACAGCCUUGUCAAGAGGAGUCUUGUUUGGGACAACGUUCUUCCUGCCGAAUGUGCUUACACAUUUUGCGCAAAGAGCAAAACUUGCAAAAACACCGCACACUUUGGCUGUCAUGAGGAUGCUUUUCAUUAUGUCUGUGCUGGCAGGAAUGCUACCGGCCUCACUUAGUAUGUUCCCGCAGCGGGGAGAGAUAAAACGAGAGGACCUUGAGCCAGAAAUUCUCUCUUCUACAGAAGAAACAGUGUUAUUUUACAACAGAGGAAUUUAGAGAUCGGCUUUAAUAUAUGAACGUGUGCUGUGAUCCAAGUGAACUCUGAAGGCAUCAACAAAUUCAGUUGGUGUUUGUGGUUGGGAUCAUGAAUUUACAGUGGUGGCCGUACCAGACGAGGUGCAGUCUCUGGCGGGGCAGCUUCCGGGCACAGACCUCCACGUAACUUAAUGCUGUAAAUCAGAUUUGUGCCAGCAAGCGCUGUAACACAGGGUUUGUCACAAUCUGUGUUCUCUGGGCUUCCUCCUGU